AUGGCGUCGUUCACCAGGCUUGCGUCGUCGCCUGAAGAGGCGGACACCGACCGGCACCGAUCUCCGCGCUAUGCCGGCGAAGAUACCACCCCCACCCAGCGUCGCGAGAUUCUGGGCUGGUAUGCUUAUGGGAUUGCUGCAGAAGUGUUUGCUGUCUGCGGUGUCGGCUCGUUCCUACCCCUCACCUUGGAGCAAUUGGCUCGUGAACAGGGCUUCUUUCCUUCAAGCCAUCGGCCCUGUGUCGGCCCUGACGCGCCCCCAGCCGGUAAUGGAACGGCCACGGUGAACGAGGCCUGCGUGGUGCCGUUGAUGGGCCUGACCAUCAACACGGCGAGUUUUGCCAUGUAUACCUUUUCGCUCGCGGUGCUCGUCCAGGCCUUGACCCUAGUGUCCUUCAGUGCGUUGGCGGAUUAUGAAAGUAACCGAAAGACCCUGCUGCUCGCAUUCGGAUUCGUCGGCUCCGCAACGUCCAUGCUCUUCAUGCUGAUUGCGCCUCCGGUCUUUGUUCUCGGCGCCCUCCUCGUGGUUAUCGGGGUCACUUGUCUCGGUUCAUCAUUUGUAGUUCUGAACUCAUUCCUACCGAUCCUUGUCGCAAAUGACUCGUCGGUCCAGCCUAUCCCGAGCAAGAACGGAGACGAACUUCACAGCUUGCAUAGCGAAGGGGAUGACUUCUCUCUGCGAUCAUGGACAGACGAGGAGGAUAACAGUCGCCCUACACAGCCAGAAUCUAAGAAAGACACUGGCUCUACGUCUUCGGAGCUUCAGCUCUCCACUCACAUAUCAUCCCGGGGUGUCGGACUAGGUUACUGCGCCGCGGUCUUUGUUCAGAUACUCAGUAUUUUGCUUCUUUUCACGCUGUCGAAAACAUCUAUAUCCAAAUCCACCCCGACGCUUCCGCUUCGAUUGGUCUUGCUGCUAGUGGGCGUCUGGUGGUGUGCCUUUACCAUUGUCAGCAGUCGGUGGCUACGUACACGCCCCGGGCUACCGUUGGAAGGAGUUGCCCCGGGAUCUGGGUAUCGUCAAAAAUGGCGCGUCUGGCUACGCCUAGUAGGGUUUGCCUGGAAGUCCCUCUGGAGGACCAUCAAGGUCGCUGUGAAGCUGCGUCAGGUUGUAAUAUUCCUGGCUGCCUGGUUUCUGCUCUCAGACGCCAUUGCGACCGUGUCCGGAACGGCAAUCCUCUUUGCGCGGACGGAGCUGCAUUUGAGCACCACCUCUGUAGGUCUGCUAUCCGUCACGGCCACCACAUCGGGAAUCGCUGGCGCAUUCUUGUGGCCAGUGGUAUCGCGCCGGUUCGGACUGGCUUCGAAUCACACGAUUUUAGUCUGCUUAGCACUAUUUGAGAUCAUUCCGCUGUAUGGGAUGCUGGCCUAUAUACCUUUUAUUCGAAAGUGGGGUGUCCUCGGACUUCAGCAGCCCUGGGAGAUCUUCCCACUGGGUGUCAUCCAUGGAGUCGUGUCCGGUGGACUCUCGUCGUACUGCCGCUCGCUCUUUGGAGAGUUGAUCCCACCAGGCAGCGAGGCCGCCUUUUACGCGCUCUAUGCGGCGACGGACAAGGGAAGCUCGUUCGUUGGCCCGGCGAUCGUGGGCGCUCUCAUCGACGCCACGGGCUCGGUCCGAUCGGGGUUCAUCUUCAUUGGGAUCCUGAUCCUGCUCCCAAUGCCGCUUGUUUGGAUGGUGAACGCGGAGCGAGGACGGCAAGACGCGAUCUCAAUGGCCAAACACGCGCCGAGCGAAGAGGGAGAUGCAUUCCUCCGCUAA